UGAUGAUAUACAGCCAAUACACAAACACUCAAAAACUAUCUAUCACACACAGGAUAAGGUUUUCUUCAACCUCCCCUCCAUAUUCCAGCCAAUACAUUCAAACCAUCAUAUCAUACCUCCUCAAAAUGCUCUCUUUUACCCUAAGUCCUUCAAAACCCACAACCACCACUUCCAUCCAUUCCCCAUUCCUAUCUUCCCCACUUCAUUUCCGUUCCCAUUCCCACCUUAAACCCAUAACCAAACACCACCACCACAAGAAACAACUCAUUUCAGCCACGCUUAUCCAACCCUCAUCUUCAUCAUCCUCUUCGAAACCACCUCAAAAAGUUUACCAACCUUUUAGACCACCACUGUCUCAAGCACCAAUCCCACCCCAAUUCCGAAACCUCGACACCGAAGCCCGCCUCGAUGUACUCACUAAUCGGCUUGGCCAAUGGUAUGAGUAUGCCCCUCUUAUCCCUCCUUUGAUCUCAGAAGGUUUUACCCCUCCGACUAUAGAAGAGAUCACUGGUAUCUCUGGUAUCGAACAAAACCGGCUUGUUGUUGCAGCCCAAGUUAGGGAGUCAUUAGUUCAGGCUGGUCUUGACCCCCAAAUACUCGAGUUUUUCGAUAAGGGUGGUGCUGAACUGCUGUAUGAGAUAAGAACAGUUAGUGUUAGCCAACGUCCGGCUGUUGCUACAUAUCUUUCUGAGAACAGAUUUGAACCAGGUGAUGCAGAGGAGUUAGCUAGAGCAAUUAAAGAUUAUCCGCGUAGACGUGGAGACCGCGGCUGGGAAUGGUUUGAUUACAACAUUCCUGCUGAUUGUUUAGCUUUUAUGUAUUAUAGACAGGCCCUUGAGUAUAGGGAAACCGAGCCGAGAUUAACAGCAUUACAAAAGGCUUUGGAUGUCGCCGUUUCUGAGCAAGCAAGAGCCUGGGUGUUAAAGGAACUAGAUGGAACAGACGAAGACGGAGAAGGACAAGGACGAGGCGGAGGCCUUGUUGACGGGGUUAAAGUUCCGGUUGUUAGGUUGAACCUUGGUGAGAUUGCCGAGGCUACCGUGGUGUCGGUUUUGCCUGUUUGUCGGUCAAACGAUAGGGGUAAAGAGGUGGAGGAAGCGCCGUGGGAAUGUGAGAGUAAAGGAGAUUUUGGUAUCGUCGAGGCCGAGAAAGGAUGGACGAAAUGGGUCGUGUUGCCAGCGUGGGACCCUGUCAUGAACUUGAAGAGAGGGGGAGUGGUUGUGGCGUUUUCUGACGCGAGGGCGUUGCCUUGGAGGGUUAAUAGGUGGUAUAAGGAGGAAUCUAUUUUGGUUGUGGCGGAUAGAGGGCGAAAAGAGGUGGAAGUUGAUAACGGAUUUUAUUUGAUUCUGAGUGAAGACGAGUUGAAAGUUGAAAGAGGAUCGAUAUUGAAGGAGAAAGGUGUCACAGAGAGUUUAGGGACUGUUGUUAUAGUUGUUAGGCCUCCAAAGGAAGAUGAUGGGAAUGAAAUGGAAAUAGAGGACUGGGAAUGAGUUAUACAUUGAUCACGAAUAAGCAAACGAAAUCGAGUUUUUGUUGAUUGUUCUUCUCAUAGGAAUAUAACAUAUCCGUUGAGUUUUUGUUCGUGGACAACUCGGAGGUUAGUGUGUGUAUUAAGAUGCAGAUAUACACUUGUAUUUUUAUAUGAUGUUGUACCAUCUAUAUUGUUGUUUCAUAUAGCUUAACAGUGGAAGGGGAUUAGCAAUAAAAAUCUUUCUUGGUUUUGUGAUUA